UGUAUUUGUUUUAAAAGAUCUGGGCUUGGUUUGUGUCACGCGAUUACACCGUGCUUAUUGCAAAGUGUUGUUUCAAACAAGAGGGUUUGUUCUCUUUUUGAUCACGCAGUUAUGCACUAACAUCUUGAUGUGUUUGUAAUCAAUUAUUCGAAAUGGCUGAUAAUUUUGUGACAGGAAAUGGUGAAGAAGAAGACUUGAUGGGAAAUAUUGAAAGUGAUACCGGUUCAAAAGAAGCAUCAGUCCCCCCACUUGGCAUUUCUCGACCUAGCUUUCUAACUCAAGUAAGAACUUGUGCCACAAUCCUUCUGCAAUUUAUUAAUUCUCUAAGUCCAAGCACAGAAAAUAUAAUUGCAUUUUUUUGGGCUGCUUUGAUAUUUUUUAUUGGUGUGAUAUUUGUUAUCGCACAAUACACAUCCAGCUUAUCAAAUUUAGUCUUUGUAUCUACAUAUUGGGUGUUGUUUACGUUUAUUACCAUUGGCAUAAUUGGAAUGUCAGCAGCCAUUGGAAAUCGUAAUAACUUAAAUUUUAUUAAAAAAAGUGUGGAUGAUCACGAUGAACAUCACGAGGAAACAGUUUCCAAAUACCUAAUAGGCAAUGCUUAUGUAUUUGCCACUGGUAAUUUUUUGAUUGAUUUAUUUUCCAUUGCAACAGUUUUUCAUUGCAGCUUGGGAACUAAUAUAGACCGUGAUAAAUAUGUAAACAAAUUCAUAUUUCAUUCUUCAAGAAUAAUCUUCACGUCGCUGCAGCUGAUUUUUUUGCAAAUAUUCACUGGCGUAAAAAUACAAAGAAAGUACCAACUUGUAUUUAAAGUUUUAGUUGUACAUCUUAUAGCAACUAAUUUUAACAUAUGGUUUACAUUUUUGUGCCAAGAAACUGGAAUAUUAUCAGGAGAUACCGAAGAAGGGACACACUCAGGUGAAUAUAAUAUCAGUUGUACAUCGACACCUAAUGAUACAGUGUAUGCAACGGCAAGAUAUAUGAGCGAGGUUUUGCAGCCCUUUAUUUUAGAAUUUAGUUUAUUGGCUGCAUCUUUAUUAUAUUCAAUAUGCCCGCUGAAUUUAACAAUUUCGCAACAAAGAAGUGAUGGCAGGAGAAAAUACAAUUAUGGAGCUGUCGAUGUUGUUCAAAGAGACGAUUCUAAAAUAUACAGAUCUGAUCCUGGUUUGUUGGUUGGUAUUUUUGUUGCCUUGCUUUUAGUCAUAUCUUCGUGGAGCCUUGGUGACAAGAAGCAUUUUAUUUAUGAUAUUCGAUUUAGUUAUUACAUGCAAAUCAUUAUGCAUAUCUUAAUUAUAAUGUGUUCUAGUAUAGUUCUCUAUGAACUUAAAACGUAUCACAAUAAAAAUCCACAAACAAGAAAAUACAAAAUCGAUGAUUACUUGUUGCUAAUAACAGGUCCGUGCGGCUUCUUACCCUUUUUAAUCACUGUUAUCUUCUCGGUUUCUGAAGAGAUAAGUCACGACAAACUGCGUCGUGUUCUUGAAUACACGGGAGAAGAUAUCUUAAAACAUACAACUGAAAUAAAAGUUUUAUUAGGAGUCCUGAGCACCAUUAAUGUAAUGUCAGUUCUUUUGCAAACAUAUUUCCUGUUAGAAGCACACUCUUAUGAUCGAGCUCGCUUUUCUGCUAUGAGUACACGGCGACAUUCGUCAGAUCUACCAGUGGAGACAGAACAACAAGAAAGGAAAAAGUUAAAAUCAGCUGCUCGCAUAGGACAAUGGCUAAUACUGUUACUGUUUGUAAACUUUGCUUUUUGGGUUACUGAUUCAUUUUUUGAAUUAAGAAAUGAUUUGAAGAGAACUUACAGCGUUUCUUCGGCUUAUUGGUCAAAGAGUACAUGGAAUCUUUUUGCAAAGUUUUUGUAUCCAAUUAUUAUUUUCUUCCGAUUUCAUUCAGUUGCUAUGAUUGCUCAUAUUUGGUUACAUUUUCGUGUAAAGAGAAAAAGCGCUUAAUUUUAUUGUUUAAAAGCUUGAUUUCCAUUAAAAUGCGUUACAAUUUUUGUGCGACUGUUGUAGAGAUAGAAAGAAUUCUAUUUUAAAAACAAGUUGUGCAACUGCAUCGAUGUACAAUAUGUAUUUGCAUUAAAUUCGAUACGGCUUUUACCAGCUCCAACUUUUUACAACUUCAUGAUUAUUUACCAGUUUUUGUUUUUAAUCGAGCUUUUGACACAUGUUCAGUAUAUUCAAAAUAUCUCUUUAACAUAUCUCUUUUUUAUAUAUAAACAUUUUUAUAUAUUAUAAAACAUUGAUAAAUCCACUACGAGUAUAUAUGAGUAUAUAAGAAAAUAAAGUCGUGAAAAAAACUGGAAUGGAGAAAAAAAUUCCAAACAAAAAAAACACCCUUCCUUCUUAAAGCUUUGGUAACACCCCUCCAUCAAUUUUUUUCGUUUAAAAAUACAUCGUUAUAUUGCUCUUAUUCAGCUCUACAAUAUCUUACUACAUCUUUUCAAAAUAAUUAUUCGUUUUCAAGUUAUAAUGCAUUUUAUCUAAAAUAGUACAUAAAAAUAGUACAUAAAUCAACGAUAGCUGACACGGUAAUUAUUCAAAUUUCGAAAUAAAAAAACACAAGAAUUUGCAGCCAGACGUGUAACUCUUUCAAAACAAAUUGUUUCGCUAGUUUUUGACGAAAUGGAGGGGAGUUAUUAACGCAAACACGCAAUAUAUCGACCGAAUUUCUUGUUUCGAGAAAAAAAGCUCUAAACAUUUCUUUUGGUACCUGUGAAAAAGUGUAGUAUUGGAAUUUUAACCUUGUUAAUAAUUGAUGAGUCGAAACAUUUUCGGUAUAAAAUUAAAGUAAGUUAAAAAUUUGUGUUGAUAAAUGUGAAACAUGGUUUCUAAACGUACAAAUAAAAACGAUGAUAAUAGAAAAUAUUUUUAUAAUAACAGUAUGUAAAGGGAAAAGUAUAACAGUAUAACUUCACAAAAAAAAAUAAAAAAAAUAAAGAAUAACUUAUAGCUUGCUAAUAAUAGUGUGCAUGGUGAAUUAUAUUUCUAAUUUAAAAGAAAAUUAAAUUUGUCCCUUUUAUUCGGUGCAAGAUGCAAGAUCAAAGAUAAUGUUAUAAAGAAAUAUAUUUUUCCUGUUUAAUCCCACCAAAAUAACACUUUUAUAAUAUAUUUUUUCUAAAACUUAUUGGAAACUAAGCAUACAUGUUACAUCCGUGAAAAAAAAUUAACUCUGAGGGUCUACCGUAUCCUUAAAUUAUUUUGUGUUCUCUGUUUUAUAAAGUUGUUAGAAUGUGUAACUUUAAGUAACGUUGAAAAACUUUUGCCUUCAAGAAAUUAUAAAUCGCCAUUAAGGUUUAUUUUCUUUAAUGUGUCACAGCUUUUGACAGAAAGUGAAUGAAUUUGAUUCAGUUUAUAUGUUUUAUGUGAUCUGAAUCCGAAAAAAGUAUUUUAAAAACAAUUUUAUGAAAACGAUCCUCAGAAACCAUGGGAAAAUCCAAGGUUUCCCCGACGUUAAAAUUCAACGAAGUUAAAACAAACUAGUUAAAAUUAAUAUUGCAUUUGUUAUUUUGUGUGUCCGUAGCACGACCUUAUUUUGUUCAUAGACUGAAUACGAGUGUUAUUAAUAGAGAGAGAUAAAGAUAAUGUAUACCACAAUAAUAGUGUAUACUUCGAUAGAUAUUUUGUAUACCCGAAUAUAAAAAAAUUGAUAUAAGUAAAUUAUUUUUUGUGACUAAUUAUGAAUGUUGGUAAUUUGCACAUGUAUUUGAAAUUUUUGGACUUUAGUCUAAAUUUUUUAUAUAAAUUAUAAAUUAUAAAUUUUUAUAUAAAUUUUAUUUCCAUAAACUAAUUGAGUUACGACAAUAUAUGUAACAGUAGUAAUAACACGAAUGUAAAAUCAUUUGAGAAAUGAGUUGCCACUAAAUAAUCCUUUUGCAGAUUUGUAAUGUUUUAUAAUUGAUAUUUUAUAUGAAGUUAUUAUUUAAAAAAGCACUUUGCCUUCUUCAAAAAAUUAUAUUCUGAACCUCGUCUCCAGGGCUCGUUAAGUUUUUAUAUUUUGACGGAACAGGUAGCUUUGAUUUUAUCAUGGAUCACUAUCACUACCUGAGCAGAAAAGAAACAAGGCUUGUGCGUCUGUUUGACCCAUACAACAAUCAGAACUUUUCAAUUGUUUUUCUGCCUAAGUGGAUUUUUCCACGGGCCUAAUCUACUAGUCUAUAUAAUAAUACGCCAGUUCCGUGUGUCUGUAACAGGCAAAGUGGAUGUGUGUUUUUUUAAAGAAACAGCCGCGGUAACAUGCCACUUUUGCUAAAAUUUUAUUUUUAUUUUGUCUUUUGUGUGCUUUUUCAAAUUGAUUUAAAAUUUUUGUUUUGAAAAGUCACGGUUAAUUUAUUUUAUUGUUUUCAUAAAAACCUUUGUGUAAUGAUGUAAACUUUAUUACACAAAAGUCACGGGUAAUUAAUUUUUAUUAUUCCGUAAAGCGCGUGUCUAUUGUUUACUGUUAUAUGAAACA